UUGCGCGCCAAUUAUACAGUUAAUUCUGAAGAUUUCCCGCUCCGAUGGAAGAUCUUCAAAAUUCGGCUCUAAAAUUCUUCUCCGAUCAAGAGCUCUGUAAUGUCGAUAUUGUCCCUCCUGCUCAGGUCCGAGCGAGAAUUGAAGUUUCUGUCCUCAAUUUUCUAAAAAUAUUAAAUGCAUCCAACCCUGCCAUCUCAGAUUUGCCUUUGAUUCAGAGAAAAUAUAGCAAUAGUCGAGUGAACCAUGGCCUGUUGACAGAACUUUCACGUGUUUUUCUCUCCAAUUCCAUAUCGACAAGGUCUCUGAUGAGACCUAAUGCAGCAAAGCCCUUCGUUAGGGUGUGGAAGGUGAUGGAGAUGUGCUAUCAGAUAUUGCUUCAGGAAACGCGGGUCACGCAGAGGGAGCUCUUCUACAAAUUGCUCUGUGAUUCGCCACACCUGUUUCCCUCUCAAACGCAUGUUAACAGGACGAUCCAAGAUCUGGUAGCAUUGCUUCGGUGCAGCCGAUACAGUCUUGGAAUCAUGGCUUCCAGUCGAGGACUCAUAGCUGGCCGUCUGACUUUGCAGGAACCGGGCAAAGAGGUUGUUGAUUGCUCUUUGUGUGGCUCUUCUGGAUUUGCAAUUUCUGGUGACUUGAAUUUGUUAGAGAGAUUGGUUCUACAUGCAGAUGCUCGGUACGUUAUAAUUGUGGAAAAGCACGCAAUAUUUCAGCGGCUUACUGAGGAUCGGUUUUUUCAUCAAAUUCCGAGCAUUCUUAUCACUGCUAAAGGCUAUCCAGACAUGGCCACAAGAUUUCUUCUUUAUCGGAUCAAUCGAGCUUUUCCAGACUUGCCAAUUUUAGCUUUGGUGGAUUGGAACCCAGCUGGAUUAGCCAUUCUAUGCACCUUCAAAUUUGGAAGUGUAGGAAUGGGCCUAGAGGCCUACAGAUACGCUUGCAACGUCAAGUGGUUAGGACUGCGGAGUAAUGAUCUACCUUUGGUGCCUGAUCAAUCUUUCGUUCCAUUGAAGCCAAAGGAUCUGCAAAUUGCUCGAAGCUUGAUGUCCUCAGGAAUAUUACAGGAUAAUUACAAAGAUGAAGUGACCGUAAUGAUUCAAAGAGGAAGGAAAACUGAAAUCGAAGCUCUAUACUUUCAUGGAUACGACUAUUUGGGAAAGUAUAUUGCUAAAAAAAUUGUACAGUCCGACUACAUAUGAAUAUACUCAAUAUAUGUCUAAAACUGUAAAAUACAAAGCUAAAUAAAAAGAAAAAACAAUUUCCGUAACUCAAAUUUAUAAAGAUUAUCGGUUGCUACUUUCUGCACCCCCACUUUUUCCUGUCUGCACCACUGAAUUCAAAUAUCCCCAUUUUACCCUACAGCCAAUAUUUAGUCCAACCCUAAUUUGAAAUCCUUAUUUCUGUCGCACCUCCCUCCCUCUGCACCUUCCCGCUCCCUUGUACACAACACCUCCCAUUUGCACCACGCCUGCCUCUGCGCCUCCCCUCACAGUGUGCCCCUUGCACCAUGCCUCUCACUACACUCUUCAUUGUGGCAAAACAGCAUGUUGUGGCGUGAGUUAAACACCACGAUUCUAAGCGAAUAAGACAUUGGCACAUUCCUGAUUUACCAUUUCGGAACUUAUUAUUUCUCUACUGUUAGGAUUUAUCCUAGACUACAGAAAAAACAUUUUCGAAAUGGAUAAUUAGGAAGAGAUUUAGA